GUUUAUGAUAUGAAAUUGAAAGUGUUAAACAUAAAAAAAAUGAAAAUUAACAUUAUUAUUGGAUCAGUUUUCAUAUUAAUUUUAAUAAAUAAUGUUGAAGGGAAAUUUAAUAUGGAUGGAUUGAAAAAAAUGGCAAAACCCUUAAAAGCUCCAUGCAUUCAGCAAUCAGGUGUUGAUCCAGAAUUAAUUGAUGCAGCUCAUAAAGGAAAUUUUGUUGACGAUCCGCAACUCAAGUGUUAUUUUAUGUGUCUUAUGCAAAAAUUCAAAGCAGUAAAAGGUGGAAAACUUGCAGUGUCCAUUAUGAGAACUCAAGUUCAAGCUUUAGUAGAAGACAGUCUUGCAGUUCAAAUGAUUCAAGUGAUCGAUGCUUGUCAACAUCAUGCAUCUCUUCAUGAUGACUUAUGUGAAUCUUCUUAUGCAUAUAUAAAAUGCGCUUAUGAACAUAAUAGCGAUAUGAAAGAUGGAGAAAUAAAAAUUGAAAAAAUUAAGGAAUUAAUGGUUAGCUAUAACCCUACUAUAUCUGAAGCUGAUAUUGACAGUACUCAUGCAAAAUGUGUAACAGAAGCUCAACAGAAGACAGACAAAUGCGAUAUGGCACAAGAAUAUGGAAAAUGUGUUGAUGCUAAUAAUAUUAAAUGUGAUGUUAAUGUUUCACAAUGUGCUUCUGAUCUUUUGAUUCCAGAAGAAGAAGGAAAAAAAAUGAGGGCAGAUCGCGAUUUUGCAAAAGAAAGAUUGCGCUGUUAUUCUGUAUGUUUUAUGAAAAAAUCUAAUGAGUUGGACGAGAACAAUAAGUUUCACAUAGAAACAAUAUCAAAAAUUGAACAUACAUUAUAUCCUGAGAAAGCUGAUGAAAUCAUGAAAGCAAUCUCAAUUUGUAUUGAUAAAGUUAAAAAUAUUGAAGAUAAAUGCGAUUUGGCGAAUGCUUAUGACGAUUGUGUACAGGGAAACGUAAAUUGUAUUCCACAACCACCUCCUCUAACAGAGGAAAUGAAGAAAAAUAUGGAUGAAUGCCGUACAGAACUUGGAUUAACAAUAGAGGAAGAAAGAGAGCUUCAUAAGAAGCGCGAUUUUGAUAACGAAAAAAUGCGUUGUAUACCAGCUUGUUUGAUGAAGAAAGAUGGCAUCCUUCAAGACAACAAAGAAAUUAAUAUGGAUAAGUGGUACGAAAAAAUACAACAAUUUAAAGAUCUCACUGAUGAUAUGAAGAAAUCAUUACAAGAUUGUUAUGAACAAGUCAUCAUGAAUUCUCAAUUAUUAGUACUUAUCGCAUUUAUCGGUUUCUGUGGUUUUAAAAGUAUAGAAUGCGGCAUGUCAAUGGACCAAGUUGAAAACAUGGCAAAAGGAAUGCGAAAAUCUUGUUUAGCUAAAGUACCAGUUGAUCCACAAUUAGCAGUAAAUGUAAGAAACGGACAAUUUCCUGAAGAUCCAAAUUUAAAGUGUUAUAUGAGAUGUAUAGCAAAAAUGUCAAAGAUGAUUAAAAACGGUAAAAUUGAUGAAGGCGUUGUAUUGGCUCAAAUAUCUCUUAUGCCCGUAAAUAGUGAUCGAUUGAUUGCUGCAGCAAAAAAAUGCACAUCAAUAACGGCCGACGAAGAAUGUGAACUUGCUUAUCAAUAUGUAAAAUGUAAUUACGAACAGGAUCCGGAAAUAUUCUUUUUCCCUUAAGAAAAAGAAUGUCUUAAAUUUUAAGUUAAAAAAGAAUGUAUUUUAAAAUUAAAAUUUUAUAAAAUGAAACAAUUAUAAAGAAUAAGUGUUUUUAUAAAAAAAAAAUUUUUAAGAAUAAUAUUUACGUAUAUCAGUAUUGUGAAA